AUGCGAUGGUAUCGUCGACAAAAUAGAAAUGGACAGAUUCUCAUCUCUGAUAUUCACUGUUGGGGUCUAGCUAUAGAUAAGGACGGAGAUAUUUAUGUCUCUGAUAUUAAAGAACAUCUAGUAAGACGAUGGAAAAUAGGAGAUGAUUAUGGAACAAUAGUAGCAGGUGGACAUGGACAAGGUAAUGACCUCAACCAACUAGAUUCUCCCACUUACAUAUUUGUUGAUGAAGAUUAUUCACUGUAUAUAUCAGAUAGUGGCAAUGAUCGUGUAAUGAAAUGGAUGAUAGAUGCAACAGAAGGAAUUGUUGUUGCUGGUGGGAACGGGAGAGGAAAUAAUCUGAUACAAUUGUGUAACCCUCAAGGAGUGAGUGUCAAUCAGUUAGGUGAAAUAUUUGUGGCCGACCGUGGCAAUGAUCGAGUGAUGCGUUGGUACAAAGGAGCUACGCAAGGAAUUGUCGUUGGUGGAUAUGGACGAGGACAAGAAUCAGAUCAGUUGAAUGAACCAUAUGAUUUGGCAUUCGAUCGUCAAGGUAACCUUUACGUCGCCGAUGCGCACAAUUGUCGAGUACAGAAAUUUGAAAUUGAUAAUGAUGUGAAACCUCGCUCAGCAGCGGUGUCCUGA